UGUGUGCUCGCGUGUGCGCGCGUCGGGACAGCUGCAGCCGGGCUGGGGCUCGCUUGGAAUGCAGGCGCGGGCUGCGCACCGGGACUUUUAUGGAAACUUGCAGAGCCCGGCGCCGGAGCCGCAGCCAAGGGGCGAGCGUCAAGCAGCCGCGGUAGCCGCCGUCGUAGCAGCAGCAGCAGCAGCAGCGGCGGAGACGGCUCUCUUGCUCUUCUCACGCCCACCCAACCGCGGGGAUUAACUGGAGGCGAAGCGGGACGCGCACAGGGGCGCUCAGGGAUUCUAAUGGGCAUUGCUGUCAACAUCUUUGUAGAACCAUUUUUCAGAAAAUGUUCUUCCUUUAGAUGCAGUUGAGACACUACUCUUCAUCCCCAAGUAAAGCUGAAAACAUAAUAUUUACAAACGUUUGUUUCUGGAUCAUAGAAAGCAGCCAUGAAUGACGUUGCACAGAAAGCAGAGAUUCUGCUUUCUUCGUCUAAACCUAUCCAAAAGUCCUAUGUGCCCAAACUUCGAAAGGGUGACGUAAAGGAUAAAUUUGAAGCCAUGCAGAAAGCAAGGGAAGAAAGAAAUGAAAGACGAUCUAGGGAAGAAAAGCAAAGAAGAAAAGAACAAUAUGUUAGAGAGAAAGAAUGGAACAGGCGAAAGCAGGAGAUGAAAGAACUACUUGCUUCUGAUGAUGAUGAAGAAAAAUCUUCUAAAGUAGAGAAAGCGUAUGUUCCAAAGCUGACAGGGACUGUCAAAGGGAAAUUUGCUGAAAUGGAAAAGCAAAGGCAGGAAGAAGAAAGAAAAAGAAUGGAAGAGGAGAGGCAGCGAAGAAUUGAGCAAGAUUUGAUAGAAAAAAAGAAAAUUCAGAGAGAACUGGCAAAAAAGGCACAAGCGAUUGAUGAACUGUUAAGCAAUUCGGGAAGCGAAUCAGCGUCGGAGGAAGGUGAUGAUUCAUUGCUAGUGACAGUAGUUCCUGUAAAACCUAGCAAAACACCUGGGAAGAUGAAAAUAAGUUUUGAGGAACUAGAGAGAGAGAGAGAAGAACGAGAAAGAAGAAAACUUGAAGAAGAAAAACGAUUGAGAUAUGAGCAGGAAAAGCAAGCUCUCAGGGAAGUCAAAUAUUUUUCACCAGAUGUGGAUGAAGAUGAAAAUUCGGACAGUGAAAGAAAAGAUUCUCCUUCUCCUGGUAAAGUGAAAUUAACAUUUGAAGAACUAGAAAGACAAAGACGAGAAAAUCAGAGGAGACAAGCUGAAGAGGAGGCAAAGCUACGUUUAGAAGAAGAGAAGCGUGCCUUUGAGGAAGCAAGACGAAAAAUGGUAAAUGAAGAUGAUGAUGGUCAAGAAACUGAAAAUUCUGUCAAGGAGUUCCGUCCCGGGAAACUGAGACUUACCUUUGAGGAACUAGAGAGACAGAGGCAAGAAGAAGAAAAAAGAAAAACAGAGGAAGAGGCCAGGCGGCGUAUAGAAGAAGAGAAGAAGGCAUUUGCUGAAGCAAGAAAAAGCAUGGGCCUUGAUGAUGAGCUUUCACCUAUGUCAAAAACUGUAUCCCAAGAAUCUCUCACACCUGGAAAACUGGAAAUCAACUUUGAGGAGUUACUGAGACAAAAAAUGGAGGAGGAAAAGAGGCGCACAGAAGAAGAGCGCAAACAGAAACUGGAAAUGGAAAAACAAGAGUUUGAGCAGCUUAGACAAGAGAUGGGAGAGGAGGAGGAAGAGUGUGAGACCUUUGAACUAAGCAGGGAAUAUGAGGAGCUCAUAAGACUGAAAAGAAGUGGUUCAAUUCAAGCAAAGAACCUGAAGAAAAAGUUUGAAAAAAUUGGGCAGUUGUCUGAAGAAGAAAUACAGAAAAAAAUUGAAGAAGAAAGAGCAAGGAGGAGAGCUAUGGAUCAGGAAAUAAAAGAAAGGGAAGCAGAGAAAUUCCAAGAGGAGGAGGAAGUAGAUGUAAAACCAGCUGCAAAAUCUGAAGCUCCUUUCACACACAAGGUUGACAUGAAGGCCCGGUUUGAACAAAUGGCAAAGGCAAGAGAAGAGGAAGAACAGAGGAGAAUUGAAGAACAAAAAUUGCUACGUAUGCAGUUUGAACAGAAGGAGAUUGAUGCAGCAUUGCAAAAGAAAAAAGAAGAGGAGGAAGAGGAGGAUGGGAGCAUUGUUAAUGGCUCAGUUUAUGAAGAUGAAGAACAGCAAGUACGGUCAGGUGCUCCAUGGUUCAAGAAGCCUCUCAGAAAUGUUUCUGUUGUGGAUGGUGAACCUGUGAGGUUUACUGUUAAAAUAACUGGAGAACCCAAGCCAGAAGUUACAUGGUGGUUUGAAGGGGAAAUGUUGCAGGACUGUGAGGACUAUCAGUAUAUUGAAAGAGGAGAAACCUACUGCCUAUACUUACCAGAAACCUUCCCAGAAGAUGAAGGAGAAUAUAUGUGUAAAGCAGUUAACAGUAGAGGAACAGCAGCUAGCACCUGUAUUCUCACUAUUGAAACUGAUGACUAUUAAAUAUCCUACUUUUUCUGGAGCCUUCCUCCCCUAAAUUUACUGCAUCCAUCUCUUUUUCUCUCCUGUGGUGGGGCCAACAAGAAGUUAUUUAUCAUUCCUCAAAUAAAAUACAAUUUCUUGAUUCCCUCUUGGUCUCAUACUGAACAUCGGCAACAGAAGUUUGUGGACAUAAAAUAUUUCACCGUAUACAAGCAACCAGCAUCCUGAUGAUAGCUAGUUUAGGCCAUGACACCUUCAAGUACCAGUGGUUUUCUAUUAGGCAAAUGAAGCUGUUGUGUACAGUAACUUGGCCUAUGGUUCCACUAGUUUUUCACCAUGUCAAUAUGAAAUAUACAUGUGAAAAUUAAAACUGGCUAAUCCAUGUAAGUAGUAUGCUACUGACUGUAAACUUAAUUUCACUGUUUUCAGAUGUGAUAUUAGGCCAAACUCAUAUUGAAAAGCAAAAUUUAAGUGUUGUUCCCAAAGGCAAAGACCAAUUUGUUCAUUCUAUAUAAAAGCUGAUGUCCAUUUCUGUGGUUCUCAUAGACUUGUGGGCAAAAAGUAUGUUCUUGGAUAAACUAUUAAGUAGCUGAACAGUAAUGUAGUGAUUUAAUUUAAUUAGUGCUUUCUUUAAUUCAACAUUUUCCUUUUAAUCUAUGUUAAUAAAAAUAAAUCAAGAUUAUAAUGGCCUGAAAGCACACAAGCAAGGUCUUUGAAAUAAAAAUUUACAUUUAUUUUGUAUUAGAUAGAAAAUGUCCAGAAUUCGGUUUGGAAUACUGAACCAUAUUUUCAUAAUUUGUGUUGAAGGUGUUAGCUUGACAGUGGAUGGAUUUUCACUUUACAUCUCAUAUUUUAUAACUGGUACAUGAAUACACCUCAUUAAAAUAUGUACAAAAAUGAUACAUAAAGCUGAUAUAUACAUCUAGAGCAGAUAGGUAUGGUUUUGCUAUAUGAUAAAUGACCAGCUAAACUACAAAUACAGGCUAGAAUGUGCACUGGAAACGGAGAAUGAAGAUCAUGGAAUGAAUCUGUAGACUCCUACUACGUUUUGGCUCACUGUAUUCAUUGGUCAGAAUAAUCCAGAUUUAAAUUUUAUACAGGAGGUAACUGGAUUUUAUUUGAUUAUGAUAAUGUACCGAAAUCACCUAUUUGUAUUCUGGAUUAAUUGGAAGGUUAAUAAAUAUGUUCAGUUCCUACA